UCAAAAACUAAGGGCAUUUUUGCAAAUCGAACUCCAAUUUUCAGACACUUGAAACAUCCCACCAAGAGCGAGAGAAAAGAAAGAAAAAAAAAAAAAAAGGAAAGACAGAGAAGCACCCACAGAAAAACGCAAUGGAAGGAAGAAUUCCACUCGGCUCAACAAAUGCAUGUCAACAACAAAUUUAGCUCCCCAAAUUUAUUCCCAAUCGCACUAAAUCUCCGGCAAAUCUUAGGGUUAAUUCACUCCCAAAGACUUAUCUUUUCCUUAUUUUUGUCGCCUAUCUCGCCUUUUCUUGUGUGCAGCCUUUGCUCUCCGUCCCUGAAGAACGUAGUCAGGAAUGAACGUGUGAGAGAGAGGGAGAGAUUAUUGGAGCGAAAAUGGGGUGACAUUGGAUGAGAAGGGCAGCUGGGGAUUGCUCGUUCGCAGCUGCUUGUCAGAGGCAGCUUUGUUUUUUCUGCGCGUGACCUAUAUUCAUCAGGGUGGGGAAUACAAUUCAUGAAAUUACUGUUGAUAUGUUGAAUUAUCUGGCUCAGGGUGCCUUGAUUCUAACUUGGCUCUUGGUUUUUCUGGAUCAUCCCUUAAGAUUUAAUUGGUGAAGGAUUGAGCUCUUGCAAGAUCAGAACAGAUAAUAGUGGUUUACCUGCUUGGAUUCAUGGGAACCCUGCUACAUGCUGAAUCAAGACGGCUGUACUCAUGGUGGUGGGACAGUCAUAUCAGCCCAAAGAAUUCCAAGUGGCUUCAGGAAAAUCUUACGGAUAUGGACAUGAAGGUCAAGGCAAUGAUCAAACUCAUAGAAGAAGAUGCCGAUUCUUUUGCAAGGAGAGCAGAGAUGUACUAUAAAAAACGACCUGAGCUUAUGAAAUUGGUGGAGGAAUUCUACCGAGCAUACCGUGCUUUAGCAGAAAGAUAUGAUCAUGCAAUUGGGGCACUCCACCAGGCUCACAGAACAAUGGCAGAAGCAUUCCCCAACCAAGUUCCAUUAGUGUUGCCUGAUGAGUCACCCUCUGGUUCCUUUGCCACUGACGUGAGGCCUCACACACCUGAAAUUCCUACACCCAUUCGAGCAUUAUUUAACCCAGAUGACUUACAGAAGGAUGCACUGGGUGUAUCAUCACAUUUUCAUCUCAUCAAAAGGAAUGGGGCCUACUCUGAAGAAAGUGAUGCAUUGUCGAGCAAAAAAGGUUUGAAGCAGUUGCAUGAGAUUUUUGCAACUGGGGAAGGGGCAGUCCAUACGAAUGUAUCUGAAGGAAGAGUAAGGAAAGGCCUGAAUUUCCAUGAAGAAGAGGGCAAAGGUCAUGAGCAUAAAUCACAUAGUGGGUCAAGAGAUUUUAAAAAACGAGAAGUCAAGGAGAAAGAGGAUUCAAAUGAUGAGAUGAAGAAUCUGCAUGAAGAAAUAUUGCGGUUAUCAACAGAGAUCCAAAAUCUGAAAGACCAGAUAGCAUCAGAAUCUGAGUGUGCUAAUAGAGCUCAAAAUGAAAUCCAAAGCUUAAAGGACAGUCUCUCUAAAUUAGGCUCCGAGAAGGAUGCUACUUGUCUUCAAUAUCAGUUGUCUCUUGAAAGAAUAUCAAGUCUGGAAUCUGAAAUCUCGAACUCACAGAAUGAAUUUAAAAGGCUUAGCGACGACAUUAUAAGGGAAGCUGCGAAUCGAAGGAGUGCUGAAGAACUUAGCCACUCUCUGCAGUUGGAGGUGGACAAAUUAGGAGAGGAAGCAAAGAUGCAACAACAAGAACUUAUCCAAAAGCAAGAAGGGUUGCAAAAACUUACAAUUUCCUUAGAAGAUGCACACGAGCGUUGUGUGAAGGCUGAAAUGGCCCUGCAAUCCAUGGAGAAACUUUACUCCCAGUCCCAGGAAGAGGUGAAGAUUUUGGGCUUUGAGAUUCAAAAGGGGAUUGAGAAGCUUAAGGACGUGGAAUAUAACAAUGUAGGUUUGAAGGAAGAAGUACACAAGCUUAAGGAGGAGAAUGACAGUCUAAAUGAACAAAAUAUUUCUUCUCUGGUUAAGAUAAAAGAUCUUCAAGAUGAAAUCAUUGCUUUGAAGGAAACAAAGAGGAUGCUUGAGAUGGCUCUUUGGUCGAUGGAGAAUCUGCACUCCCAAUCCCAAGACAUGGUGAAGCUUUUACGCUUUGAAAUUCAAAAGGGGGUUGACAAGUUGGAGGAGAUGGAACAGAGUAAUUUGGGCUUAGAGGAGGAAGUGCACAAGCUUAAGGAAGAAAAUAACAUCCUAAAUAAAGAAAGUCUCUCUUCUGCAGCUAAGAUUAAAGAUCUGCAAGAUGAAAUCAUGUUCUUGAAUAAAACAAAGGGGACACUUGAUCAUGAAGUGGAUGUCCAUGUAGAAGAAAAGAAAGUUCUUCAGCAACAACUUUGCCACCUAGAAGAAGAUAGAAAUGGUCUAGUGCAGAGGAACCAAGGACUUGUGGAGCAAAUAAAUGCUGUCACUGUUCAUGCAGAGUCUCUUCAGGAAUUGAUACGCAAGCUCAAGGAAGAAAAUUAUAGCCUAAAUGAACAAAAUCUCUCUUCUGCGGUUAUGGUAAAAGAUCUGCAAGAUGAAAUAAUUUUCUUGAGCCAAGCAAAGAGGACACUUGAUCAUGAAGUGGAUCUCCAUGUAGAGGAAAAGAAAGCUCUUCAGCAAGAACUUUGCCAUCUCAAAGAAGAUAGAAGUGAUUGGGAGAAGAGGAACCAACUACUUAUGGAGCAAAUGAAGGCUGUCGGUGUUAAUGCGGAGUCCCUUCAGGAAUUGGUAAAGGAGUUGGAGAAUGGAAACACAGAGCUGAGAGAGAUCUGCAAGAAACAUGAUGUUGAAAAGGAGCUUAUUUUGGAGAAGCUAAAAAAUAUGGGGCAACUUCUGAAAAAGAAUGUAUUCUUAGAAGAUUCUCUUUCAGAUGCAAAUGAUGAGUUGGAGGUGUUAAGACAGAAGAUCACGGCACUAGAAGCUUCACAGGAAUCUCUUAGUAAUGAGAUUUCCACUUUUAUUGCUGAAAAGGCUCUGCUUGUUUCUCAGGUAGAAAAACAUGCUAAGGAUGCGGAGAAGAUUUCAGAGAAAAAUACAUUCUUGAAGAACUCCUUAACUGAUGUGAAUGCUGAGCUCGAAUGUCUCAGAAUAAAGUUGAAGGACUCUGAAGAAUCCUGCCAGUGUCUUAAUGAUCGGAAUUCUAGUCUUCUUGCUGAAAAACUUUCUCUUGCCAACCAGGUUGAGUCUCAGGUGAAAAGUGUUACAGAGGGUCUGGAGUAUCUGGAGCACAGGUAUGCAGAUCUGGAAGACAAGUACUCGAGUUUGUUGAGGGAGAAAGAUAUUACACUCACUCAAGUCAAGGAUUUGCAAGACCUCUUGAAUCUAGAGAAACAAGAACAUGAAACUUCUAUUCAGUCAUACAGAAGUCAGCUGGUCACUAUAGAAAACCAGAUCCAUUACCUGCAAGAAGAAAGACAUGUUAUGGACAAGGAGCUGGAACUAGAAAAGAUAAAAAAUAUGAAUGCUUUACUUGACAUUCUGAUCUUGAAAAGAAGCAUAUGUGAUAUGAAAGAAGGAAACUUGAUUCUCUCCAAAGAAUGUCAAAAGCAUCUAGAGGCAUCUUGGUCUGCAGAGAAGCUAGUUUCACAACUUGAGCAAGAAAAUCUAGUUAAGAAAGGAGAGAUGAUGUUGCUAUCGGAGCAUAAUGAGAAGCUGAAGGAAGGGAUUUAUCAGGUGGUGAAGACACUUUAUAUCGCCAAGGAGGUUGGGCCUGUUGAUGGAAUUAGUAGCGAAGUUUUGUUGCAGAAUAUUAUGGAUGAUAUUAAAAGAAUGCUAAAUUGUAUUUCAGAUGCUGAGGAUGAAAACCAGCAUCUCGUCAUUGAGAUAUCAGUUCUUGUCACCCUUCUAAAGCAAAUAGGAACAGAUUUGGCUGAUAUGAGAUGGGAAAAACAUGUCAUUGAGCAGGGACUUCAAGUCAGAGAAGCAGAAUUAUUUACUUUGCAAAAUAAGAAGCAUGAACUCUUGGAGAUGAAUGAAAAACUGAGGCAGGCCUCGAUGGCAAGCAACCAAAGCAAGGAAGUACUGAAAACUGAGAUGGAUAUUCUUUGUGGACAGCUAUCAGUUUUGCAAGAAUCACAUCAGAUGUCACAAAAUGAAAUUUCCAAGCUUGUUGAAGAAAAUCAGACUCUGGUGAAGGAACUUGACAACUUGAGGGGGAAGCACAAUGAACUGGUAGAUGAACAUAAUGUUGUUCUUAUGGAGGCUAUGACACUGGAGCACCUCUAUUUGUUCUUCAGAAGUCUCAAUGCUGAGAGGAUGUUGGAGUUGAAGUUGUUGAGCGAUGAUCUGGAAUGUCUUCAUUUGGCCAAAAAUGAUCUUGAUUAUGAGAUCGAGGAACUGAAUCAAAAUGCAGGAGUGUUACAAGCAGAGAACAUGCAUCUUAAAAAUUCCAUCACUUGUUUGGAAGAGUUGAAAAGUCAUUUACUGAGUUUAGAGUUUGAUCUAAACACAGCUACAAAUCUUUGUGAAGAAUUGAAUCUUCAAAUCAGAUGGAUGAACAAUCUGUUGACACAAAAAGACAGGGAGCUUUCACAAGCAAAUCAGAAUAUUCUGUCCACAGAAGAAAAGAACAAAGAAUUAUGUAUGGUUAUUGAGACUCUUCAGCUGGAUAUCGAUAUGGCUAAGGUGGCAAAAGAAGAGCUGGAGAAAAAGAUUUCAUUUUUAUCGGAAGGUAAGGCCUUUAAGGAGACAGAGAUUGCAUGCCUUACUGAAGCAAGUAAGAUGAUGCAAGGGGAAAUAGAUAGAUUGCAUAAAGAGGCUGAAUUGCAUAUAAGAAGGGAGGAGCAUCUGACUUCUGAACUGCAAGAGGAAAUAGAUCAAGUCAAGCAUUGUGAAGAAGAAAUUGUGGCAUUAUUAUGUGACACUCAAAUAUCUGCAGCUAACACAGCAUUUUAUGAAGAAAAGGUAUUUGAGCUGAUGGUAGAAGGUGAGAGUCUUGAGAUUAGUGCCUUCAUGCAAAAAGAGAUGCUAAGCAAGGAGAUCACUUUAAGAAAUGCAUAUGUUUGUGAGCUGAAGGAAAAACUUGCUGACCUGGAAGGAGAAAAUAGAGGAUUAAAGGCUGAUUUGAAUGCAUAUUUGGUCCUUUUAAUGUCUCUAUUGAACAGUGUCACCUCUCUAGAAGAACACACCCUUUCACUGUCAAAUCUUCAUGCACCAAAGGAUCUCAGAGAACAGGAUUUGACUUUGAUGUCUCAUCAGCAUGAUGAAAGCAGUCAACCAGGUGAAGGCCAUGCUACUGUGGUGCCUGCUGGAGUCUUAGAGUUGAUGAAGUUGAUUAUUACCAAAGUUGAAGCACUUAAACAGGUGAUUAUAGAUACUGGGAGUCUUUUACAGCAGGAAAAGUUUGCCUCCAGUUCUGACCUGGAGGCUGCAAGGAAAGAAAUUGAGGAGUUAAAAGCGACUGCAUUCCAAGUGGAGGUACAAGAGGAUUCCAUCAGACAACUGAACAAGGAUGAGGAUAAAGAUGAUGCUGAGUUUUCCAAGGUGAAGUAUGUGCAGAAAAUGAAAGAUAUUCAGCUUGAUCAGGUUGCAAGUUCUUCACGACAUUGGAAUGGUGUUGGCUCAUAUGGUCCGAGAAGAAUCAACGAUGCUGAAAUCGAUGAUCAAAUGCUGCAGUUAUGGGAAGCUGCUGAAAGGGACUGCAACAAUGGGACGUGGAAAGCGUCAUCAGUAGCUAUGCAGCAUGAUAUACAGGUUGUGGGGGAAGAAAAGAGUGACUACCCUUCUGAAGAAAAGAGUGACUGCCCUUCUCCUGGACUAGUGAUUGAGAAAGAGUUGAGCAUUGACAAGCUAGAGAUAACCAAGAGAGUGUCUGAAUCCCUGCAAGAAUGGAACAAGAGGGUCCUUGAAAGGCUGGCUUCUGAUGCCCAAAAGCUGUUAGGCCUUCAGACAAGUGUGGAGGAGUUGAAGGGGAAGAUGGAAAGCUCUCAAAAGGGGAAGCGAUCUUUGAGUUUCGAAUAUGAUACAAUCAGAGCAAAACUGAAAGAGGCUGAGGGAGCUUUGUUGGAGCUGAUUGAUAUCACUUGCAAGUUGACAAAGAAGGCCAAAGACUAUUCUGUUCCUUCCGAUGAUAUGGCUGUUGAACAUGAAGAACUGCGAAACAUUGGAAGAAGGCAAAUCUCAGAACGAGCACGAAGGGGAUCAGAAAGGAUUGGAAGGCUGGAGUUGGAACUGCAAAAGAUCCAGUAUAUCUUGCUGAAACUUGAAGAAGAGCAUGAGAACAGCCGGAGUAAAGCUGCAGAUCGAAGAGCUAGAGUUCUUUUGAGGGAUUAUCUCAAUGGAAGGAGAGAUGGCCAUAAACAACAAAAGAAAAACCCGUUCUGUGGGUUCACGAGACCUAAAACCAAGGGUGACUGAUUUUCUCUGCUUGGAUUAUUUUGGAAAGAUCUUGUUUUUCACUGCAAAAUCUGCUGCCUUGGCAUGUAGUGUUCUUCCUUGGGAAAGAGGUAUGGGCUGAGCAUCUGAUUUUCACUACAAUUUUACACUGUAGGCUGCUGCGAGGAUGUUUCUUGGUUAUUCCGGCUGCAUUCCAAAUGGCUUAGAAGGAAGUGUAUAUGUAGGCCUAUUUUAAGUCAGUUGAGAUUUUUGGCGAACUUUUUUUUUUAAAUGUUGCUUUGGUUUUUCUGAAUCAUAUAUUUGCACAAGUUAUCAUCUGAAAACUAGUCAUCAAGAUUUAUUGAUGAUGUUCUGAA